AUGGAUGAAUAUUUACAGGAUCUGGCUGAGGAACUAAUGAAAAUAGAAGCUUUUCGCAUCAACGAAAAAGGCAAAAGAGUUCUUACUGAGGUCUUAGAUUGCGCUCUUUCUGGUUUUGCAAACUUAUUAUUUGGUACAGAAAAAAUAGGACCAAAAAGAAUGAAAGAGCUGGUUGUUGAUCUUUUUCGACAUAAGGAUUUGUAUAUUCUAGUUUUGAAGAAAGUUAUUGCGAAAAUACCUGACUUACAUGAAGAAACUGAACUUUGGAACGUGUAUCAUUUUCUGCGUUUUCUUUUGCUGCCAUCCAAAAAGCUGUCUCCUGCUUUUUACCAAACAAAGGCUAAUAUUAUAAGCCGUCACUGGAAAAUUGCUAAAGCGAAACAGCAUUAUCAGGAGGCUUGGCUGCAGUUUUUAAAGCAUAAGUUUCCAAAACCUCUGUUGAAAAAAAUGGUCCCAUACUUGAGUGAACAUGUAAUUGAUUCGCUCAAGGAUCCUUUUCUCGUCGGUGACUUUUUAUAUCGUACUUUUCAAAUGGGAGGAAUCUUUUCGAUACUCUCUCUAGCUGGUAUCUUCAAAUUAGUAGUCAAUUAUAAUUUCGAAUUUCCGAACUUUUAUCAAUGUGCUUAUGGAUUAAUAACUCCGUCAGUAUGUUAUUUGAAUUAUCGUGAAAAAUUCUUCGCUCUUUUGGAUACUUUUCUUUCAUCUUCGCAUCUUCCGACAUAUAUUGUCGCCGCAUUUGUGAAACGUUUAUCUUGGUUAACUCUUUCAGCGCCGGUCGUUUGUCAAGAACCUUUGCUUGCCUUAAUUAGGAAUUUGAUAACACGACAUAAAGAAGUAGAAUUCUUGGUGCACAGAGAGAAUCCAGAAACAUCAUCUUUUGAUCCUUAUGAUGAAAAGGAAAUGGAUCUACAAAAAUGUGGAGCCAUGAAUAGUUCAUUAUGGGAAAUAAAGACUUUGCAACGACACUGGUAUUUGGAUGUAGCCAAACGAGCAAAUUUUGUUGACAAAGGAAUACAGAGAAUGGAGUCGUUUGUACGCUGGAAAAACGACAAUCAGUGUUUUAUGAAGCUAUAUAGUCAGAAAUUUGGAAGCGACCUUUUAAAGCAUAGAGAAGAAGAGGAGUUUCGAAAAAACCAAGACCACGAUACUUCUGAUGAUGAUACCGACGAAAAUGGAGGCAAACCGGAUAAAAAACGACAAAGGACGUUCAGGAAUAUGAAAGAUCCUGAAUACUCAAUUGCUAUUAACGAUAAAGAGCCGCCUGCUAAUUUUACACAGUUGCUGGAAAUUGCGGAGAAAGUUCAUCACAGUAGUACUAUGUCACCAACUCGGUUAACUAGAAUGUUCUUGGGUGGGGUGAGCAUUUUCCGUCACAGUGUGUACAACUUCUGUCAAAGUAUUCAGGAAAUCCCAACGACUUCCGAAGAAUUAGCCCAUUGGAAAAUCAACCGAGGGAAUCCAUUUAUCGAGAUUCCACAAGCAUGGGUGACGACGUUGACAGAAAAAAAGCGUUGUAGACAUUUACUGCCUCAGGUUUUUAAGGAAUCUCGAGUUAAUCUGAUCAGUUUACAUCCAAGUAUCUUCCGAACCACGCCGAGAAUUGAUUUGUUGCAUCGAAAUAUUACAUGGCAAGAGAAUUAUCGAAACCUGGCAAUUACUAAACAGCUAUCAAAAAAAGAAAUGCCUGGUGGUGGACAUAAACCAUGGCCUCAAAAAAAAACGGGUAGACAUCAUGCUGGUUCUAUCAGAUCGCCACAUUUUCAUCUUGGCGGUUUCGCGAAUGGAAUACGGGGUCCAAAAACAUGGUUUUACAUAUUGCCUGAUGCUAUUAGAUUAGAAGGCUUAUGUAUAGCUGUAACGGUGAAGCAUGUACAGAACGAUUUAGUAAUUGUCGAUGAUUUUGCCAGUUUGCCCAGCAACGAUGCACAAUUUAUGCACGAUCUUGCCGAUUAUAGAAAUUGGGGCUACUCAGUGUUAUUUGUGAACGAAAGCUCUGAAGUACCUGAAAACCUGGCCAAGAUUUGCGAUGAAAUACCGACAUUCAACGUACUACCUGUAUAUGGGUUGAACUGUUUCAGUAUAAUCAAACACGAUACUGUUGUAUUCUCCUUAGCGGCCCUCGCACUGUUUCAGUCGCGUAUACUUGCUCAUAAAUACCGAGCACAAGGGCUGCAAAAAAAAUAUCGCUACAUGGAUUAUAAGAAGAUCAUCCUUAAUGAAGCCGAGAAUGAAAUCGACCCCAUCCACCCACCAUUUAUUUAA